CAACUCACAUUCUUUUUCUUCCAUUGAUUGGUUAUAAACCUCUCUUAUAACCACUAAUUCAUUAUGGCACACCAAAACCCUCCUUCUUCAAUUCCAAUUUCAGAUCCAGAAGCUCCUCAAAUCACUCCAACACUUCCAACUAACCCUUCACACACAAGUUUCACAGCCAAAUAUGGAGUUCAGAAACUGAAAAACAACUUGAUUUUCCGUUCUAAAUGGGCUGAACUCAAUGGUGCCAUGGGUGACCUUGGCACCUAUAUUCCCAUUAUCUUGGCUCUCACUCUUGCGAAGGAUCUCAACCUUGGCACCACAUUGAUUUUCAAUGGUGUCUACAACAUCUUAACUGGUGUCAUUUAUGGGAUCCCUAUGCCUGUCCAGCCCAUGAAGUCGAUCGCGGCCGCGGCCUUAUCAGACAAAGAAUUCAACCUACCAGAGAUAAUGACAGCUGGAAUCUUAACCGGCGGCGUGUUGUUCAUUCUCGGGAUCACAGGAUUGAUGCAAAUAGUCUACAAGUUGAUUCCUUUAUCUGUUGUGAGAGGAAUUCAACUGGCACAAGGUUUGUCAUUUGCUUUAACAGCGGUUAAAUAUGUUAGAAAAGUGCAAGAUCUUCCAAAGUCUAAAGCUUUGGGUCCAAGGCCUUGGUUUGGUUUAGAUGGGUUGGUUCUAGCUAUCGUUUGUGCUUGUUUCAUUGUGAUUGUGAACGGAGCUGGCGAAAAGAAUCGCGGUUGUUGCAGUGCUCCAGAAGAUGGUGGUUUAGAUGGACAAAGAAAUAAUGAUGAGAGUGAAAGUGGAAGAAAAAGUAAGAUGAAUAGAUUGAGAAAGAUUGUUUUUUCACUUCCUUCUGCUUUUUUAGUCUUUGUGUUGGGAAUUGUUUUGGUGUUUAUAAGAAGACAUGAAGUUGUAAAUGAAAUUAAAUUUGGACCCUCUUCGAUAGAAGUGAUGAAAUUCACAAAACAGGCAUGGAAGAAAGGUUUUAUCAAGGGUGCAGUUCCGCAGCUUCCUUUAUCAAUUUUGAACUCUGUGAUAGCUGUUUGUAAAUUGUCAACCGAUCUUUUUCCGGAAAAGGAGUUUUCAGUAACAUCAAUUUCAGUGACAGUCGGGUUAAUGAAUCUGGUUGGUUCAUGGUUCGGCGCUAUGCCAACUUGUCAUGGUGCUGGUGGAUUAGCAGGACAGUAUAAAUUUGGUGGAAGGAGUGGAGGAUGUGUGGUACUUCUUGGUGUUGCAAAGUUGAUAUUGGGAUUGGUUUUAGGAACAUCUUUGGCACACAUAUUGAAGAUGUUUCCUGUUGGGAUAUUAGGUGUGUUGCUUUUGUUUGCUGGUAUUGAAUUAGCUAUGUGUGCUAGAGAUAUGAAUAGUAAAGAAGAUUCAUUUGUGGCACUUAUUUGUACUGCUGUUUCAUUGGUUGGAUCAAGUGCUGCUCUUGGAUUUUUGGUUGGAAUGAUUGUUUAUGGGAUGCUUAAGCUAAGGAAUUGGAGUAAUGAUAAACCACUUUCUACCAUUUGGAAUCAGAAAAGUCCAAACUAAAUUUGAAGAAGAAAUUAAAGUGUUUAUUUAUGUGUGUAUACAGAUUCUUAGUACAAGUGAGUUAGUGUGUAUGGUUUUCAUAAUAUGUUGAUUUCUUGAAAUUUGUUUCUCUUUGUUGUUAAGGGAGGAAUUGUAGGGGUUCUACUUUAUUUGUAUCUGUAAAAAGUGUUUAGAGCCGUAGGAACUUUAUUGUUGGCAUUUGCUCUAUGUAGCUUAUGUAUGCUAUCGCAUACCUAAUGUUUAUACUCUAUAAUAAUAUAAAGAAUUUGAUUUA